AUGCAGUUGACAUAUACCUGGGCCGCCCUAUUGGGCCUCACAUCGCUGGUCGCCUCUGCACCAGCCGAGCGCGGACUGAAGCGGACCUCGAGGGCUCAAAAGAGAGAGCCUCUGCAAAUUGUGCAAGAAGUUCAACAGACGGACAUUAUCAUUGUUAAUCAGAACCUCGACCAGUUGGCCGCACAACAACAGAUUAUUGAGCAAGAGUUUGCCGCUCUCGUACAAGCCGAGGUUGCUCUUGUUACCCAGUUGGAAACCAUCAAGAACAAUAUUCGUGUCAACCACUUCAAGGCCCGCUUCAACCAGGUCAACACUGUCAUCGUGACAGUACAGACGCUUGUGGACCAGCGCUCAAAGGAUGCAUCCAACAGGUAUCUGGUCAAGCAGCUUCUAGCUGAUAAUGGCAAACCCGAGUCCCAACAGGUGAUCAUGGUUUCAGAGGCCGCCACCAUGACGAUCCAGGCAGCCGCUCAGACACUGGACGGUGCGAGCAUUCUAUCCUCCCCUACUGGUACGCCCCAGAUUGCGGGUUUCGACGCCAGCGUCCCCUUUGGCCAGCUGAACCAGAGUGUCAUUCUUCCCGCCGGCGCCCAGGCACCCAAGAUUAGCCAGGUCUUUGCCGACCCGGCCGCCAUCAUCCUCCCGAACCAGAACAGCCUGUUUGUUGAGGACUCGGGUGCCUUCCUUAGCGACUGUGUGCAGUCCAGCGGCUUCUUCCAGCUGGCGGGCGCUGCGAUCUACCAGUCUUUUGCUCAGCUUGCCGCAGCACAGGCCGGAGCCAUCAUCAUCAUUGACAACAGCAACAAUGGCGGCAAUAACGACAACAAGAAUAACGACAACAACAACAACAACAAUGACAAGAAUAACGACAACAAGAACAAUGACAACAAGGAUGGCAAGGACAAGGGAGGUGACGCGGCCAAGGCAUCAUCGGCCGCGACCGAGACGGCUGCUGCUUCAGCCACCUCUGCGGCCACAGAAGUUGCAGCUCCUCCCGCUGCUACUCCCGCCCCCGAAGCCGCUCCCGUUGCGACGGCACCAGCAGAGGCUGCGCCUGUCGAGGCUACACCAGCAGAGGCCGCACCCGUUGAAGCUACACCAGCCGUGGCGACGGCACCGGUCGAAGCUGCUCCCGCCGUGGCUACUACUCCCGCGGCUGCAACUCCUGCGGCUCCUGCCCAGGGUGGGUUCGUCACCAUCGUACCACCGGCGCCUGCAGCCUAA